AUGGAUGGCAUGAGCAGUUACCACAAACCCAGCGCUGGCUUAAACCCUUGUGAAAGCUCCAGUUUCUCGCACUCGCCGUCGAGAGCCAUGUCUCCAGGAAACUACCGUUACCCAGAAGUGAAAACUCCAUUGCGGAGACAAGUUCACGCUCCUUCGCGCGUCGGCAAGUUCGGUAUGACGAGACAGAUACGGCGGAUUCGUAGCCCGCGUCGAGUUUCCGGUAAUGGGUUGGGAGGUUUUCUCGCGAGGAACUAUAACAUGUUGAAAAGAAGCGCGCUUGAUUUGCCUGUGUGCUGUAGAAAGGAUAGAGAGGUGAUUGAUGUUGACGAUGAGAUUGGAGUUGUGGAAAUGAUAUCUGAUGAUGAUGACACUAGUUCGGAAGUUGAGAUUGUUGAAAACGUGGCUAUGGAGGUGGACGAGAAGGAAGAUGAACCGUUUGUAAAUCGGAAAAAUGGGAACUUGAUGAUGGUGGAUGAUGCGAAUAAGAAAAGCUCAGUCUUUUCGAAUCGACCCGUGAGGGAUGUGUGGGGAUUUGAAGCGUAUAGAAAGGUUCUCAAGAGUGCUGAGAACAGAACUUCUAAGCUGAAAGAUCGAGGCUUUGGUGAUGCUUUGAAAGAGAGGUGUCGCGCUUUACUGCGAGGCUUGUGUUCUUUUUUGAAGCAAGAUGAGGAACCAGUAGAGGAUGUACAACAUGAACCAUUUCUACCUCUUUCAAAGGAUGAUGUGACAGCAGUCAAGCGUGCAUUCUCAGCUAAUACUCGGAACAUCUUGGUUACACAUGUGAGUUCAAAUAUUGACAUUACAGGGGAAAUCCUGAGGUGCCUUAAACCUGGUCAAUGGUUGAACGAUGAGGUCAUUAAUCUUUAUCUUGUGCUGCUGAAAGAAAGGGAAGCAAGAGAACCAAAGAAGUUUCUAAAAUGUCAUUUCUUCAAUACGUUUUUCUACACCAAGUUAGUCAAUUUGAAGACUGGAUACAACUACGGUGCAGUCAGGAGAUGGACCUCAGUGAAGAAGUUGGGCUACUAUCUCAUAGACUGUGACAAGAUAUUUAUCCCAAUCCAUAUGAACAUCCACUGGACUUUGGCUGUUAUCAACAUAAAAGACCGGAAAUUCCAGUAUCUUGACUCAUUCAAAGGAAGAGAGCCUAAAAUCCUCGAUGCACUGGCUAGAUACUUUGUGGAUGAAGUUAGGGACAAGAGUGAAGUAGGCGUUGAUUUAAGUCAAUGGAGACAAGAAUUUGUGCAGGACCUUCCUGAGCAGAGAAAUGGGUUUGAUUGUGGGAUGUUUAUGCUGAAAUACAUCGACUUCUACAGCAGAGGUCUCAAUCUUUGUUUCAAUCAGGAACAAAUGCCAUAUUUUCGGGUGAGGACAGCGAAGGAGAUUCUGCAACUGAAAGCUGAGUGA